UAGUUUCUUUCGCUGCCAUGUGGCGUUCCCUUUUUGUGCAAAAAGGAAAAUGAGGGUGGCUCACGCGAGGAGGCCUGAGAUCUUAUCCAGGGAAGUAUGAGCACGGGCUAUGGCAUGCAUUUUAAUAAAACUUGCUGUGUGAUCACGGGCAUUUUAUGAAUCGUUGAGAAAUACUUUGUGCACUGUGGGCGGUGCAGCUCCGCAUGCAUCGUCCCCUCGGACCUCGCUCUUUUUUCCUCAAUUCUUUUGCUCAGUAUGUUGCAACCUAGAUUGCUUCAGCACAUUUUGUGCCCAGCAUCAUGCCAAAAUCCAACAGCAUAAAAUCCAACCGUUAGAAGCGACGAAUCCGGCUAGCGAGUCGGCCGGAUCCAAUGCACCUGAUUCUUUAGACCCUUCUGAUCGAAAACGAACACGGCCUUGUUGCGUCAAAUUCGACCGUUGGAGGGCCGGCUACCAUAUUAUCCACAAGAAGGAAGUCGGGGAGGAUGAACGCUUGCUUUCUCGAACUCCAUGGCAGCGAUCAAAGGACCGCGUCCAGGCUCAAACCAUCAGCAGUUCUAUUCCAAAUCCCUCUUCCCAGAACUCGACGAUCCAGUCCCCUUCCAGUCCAAAGAUUUUUCCCUUCCCCCCAUGCGGCGUGGAUCCAUGUAUUCAGUCUAUGCCGAGAUCAGAGAGUGGAAGCUGAGGAGGAAGAAAGCAGAGGUGAAUUCUAUGAGCGCCACUCUUACCAAGAGAACGGCAACCUCGUCGGUUUCUCGCUCUGUUCCAGAUUUCUCGAUGGAUUUUAGGAAGGAGAAUAGGAAGCCGGCUGCUCCCCUGCCGCCGACCGGCCCGCGGUUGCAUGCGUUGAUGACUCCCCCUCGGCCGAUGGUUCCGAAGGCUGAGCUGAGGAGACUAGGGAGCACACCGGAGAGCAGGGCUGAGGAGAAGAGAGGAGGAAAUGGGUUGUUUGAGAGGAGGAAGAGCUACUCCUGCCUCAAAGAAUGGAAGGAGUGUGGGGUGGUUGCGUCGUUGGCCAUCGACGAGGAAGCAAAACGAGGGCAAAGUGCGAGGAAAGGGAUCAUCAAGAAGACUGUCUCCAGUUUCCAGCAAACAACGACAUGGAUGGGUUGAUAUUUCAUUCUUUGAUUCAAGGAAUUUCUUUGUUUGACAAUUAAAUUGGCUCAUAGAUGAAAUUUUUGAUGCCAGUUACUGAUUAAUCUGUUCUAUAUAAAUUUGUUUGUCAUUUGAUGUUGACGAGACACACACACACACACACACACACACACACACACACACAUAUAUAUAUAGAGAGAGAGAGAGAGAGUUUUUGCAUGAGAUAGUAUAGAAUCUUUUAGCUCUUGGGUGGGUGUAGAUUGUGUUUUCCCUCACCCCAAGCAUUUUCUUCUUCUCGGUGAACUCACUGGCAAUGGCUUCUGAUGUCAUUGGAGUAAAAUUUCUCCGACCAUUAUAUU